CAGUCCUCAGCUUUUCCCUCUUUGGACGUCGGUGUCCCUCCACCCUCGCCACGCAAUCAACACCGCCUUGCAUUUGUGGUAAGUGGGAAAGUGGGCCAGCCUGUCGCUUUGCGGCCGCAAUGCUCCGCCCCGUGUCGUUUUGAGGCAUUGUCGACGUCGGCUCGACUGCAGCUCAGCUUUCCCCCCUCAAGAACUCGACAGCAGCAUGGAAGGGGUACCAGCUGGAAAGGAGCUCAUCGACAGCCAUGCCGACCACGCCUGCAGUCUCAAUGUGCUCCCAGAAAUGCGACCCAGGAACUCCAAAUCUGGGUGCUGGACAUUGUUGCUGUGGAUUGUGACAGUGACUGUCACCCUCUUGGGGCUCACUGGCCUUCUGCUGGGCGACGUGCCAGGGCUGGCUGUGAAGAACUUCGGUCAAGGCGCCCAACAGAGCUCUGAGCCUGUUCACGAUGGCGAUGUUGCUACAACACAGGCCCCUUCCACACCUCAUGUAGUCGUGGACGAAGUCAUUCCAGCAUCACCUUCGUGGAGGUCCCAUAACGACUACAUAUUGUCGCAGACCUGGGACGACCUCUCCGGUCCGGCCAUACGCGAGUAUAACUGGACCGUUACCGAUGCUAUGUUCAACCCAGACGGCGUCUAUCGGCCCAUGGUGCUCAUCAACAACCAGUUCCCAGGACCUCUGGUCGAGGCUAAUGAGGGCGAUACAAUCAUCGUGCACGUCAGAAACAGAGCUGUCAAUGCCACGUCAAUACAUUUCCACGGCAUGUAUCUGAACGGCACCAGCUCCAUGGACGGCACUAUCGGCGUGACGCAAUGCCCUAUCGCACCAGGGACUGACUACACGUACAAGUUCACUAUCCACGGCCAGAGCGGUACAUACUGGUACCACGCGCACCACAGUGCUCAGGCAACCGAUGGCCUGGUCGGGCCCGUCGUGGUGCAUCCUAAGAAGUCGAUCAACACACCGACAUAUUCGAGUGACCGGAUCAUCAUGAUCCAAGACCACUACCACAACACCACGUCCGAGCUUCUCAUGGACUACCUCCAGCCCGGCAGGGAGAACGAAGAGCCCGUUCCAGAUAGUGCGCUCAUCAAUGGCCGUGGAUUUCGGUCUUGCGCGGACUUUCCCGGAUGGCACUGUGAUGACUCCAAGCUUGCGUACCCCGAGAUUCAGCUUACGCGGGGAGAGAAACACCGUCUGCGGAUCAUCAACGUGGGUGCGUUCGCAGAGUUCAAUGUCCAGGUUGACGAGCACCCCUUCCACGUCACCGAGGUAGACGGCACGGAAGUGGUGCAUGACGAGCCGAUACACAAACUGGCCAUCCUGCCAGCUCAACGGUACAGCAUCGUGCUUGAAACACACCAGACCACAGAACGUCGGCACGAAGACCACGACGCCGAUGAGACGGAUACACCGGCAUUUUGGUUCCGCGCCGGCAUGCUGACGACUUGCUUCACGGGGGAAAAUCCGCACAUGAACCCGGAUAUACGUGCUGUCGUCCGCUAUGUAAACAAGGGAGAAGGCCCUCAGGCCACGGUUCAGCCGAACAGCAAACCCUGGGACGAUGUCGUCGACUCCGUUUGCCGAGAUCUAGACACUGCUCAGCUUAGACCUGUGGACGCAAUUACUCCUCCAGUCGCAGACGACUACAUCACGCUCCGCGCCAGCUUCCGCAUCGGUGCCUGGCGGCUGAGUAGGGGCUUUUUUAACGAGACGACAUGGCACCCAAACAUCACAUCACCAUUACUGCACCGUUUCCUCGACGAAGCGUCAAAUGCAGCAGAAGUGCAAGAAAUGCCUUGGGAGGACAGCACGAAACUGUCUGCGGCCAUAUCCCUCGCCUCCCCGACCUUCUUCGACCCUGACCACGAACUCAUCCUGCAAACCACGCCCGGCAACGCCGUCCGCACAGUCGACAUCGCCAUCAACAACUUCGACGACGGGGCGCAUCCGUUCCAUCUCCACGGCCACAAGUUCUUCGUGCUCACCCCGUCGCUCAAGGGCGCGCCACCGGCUACAAAGCAGGAUCUGGACACCCUCUUGCAGACGAAUUAUAGCCGCAUCCUUCAGAACCCCGUGCGCAGGGACACGGUCACUGUGGCCGGGUACGAGUGGGUCGUCAUCCGCGUGGUGCUGGACAACCCGGGGAUAUGGGCGCUGCAUUGUCACAACACGUGGCAUGGGGAGAGCGGGAUGGCGAUGCAGAUCGUGGUCAGGCCGGACGAGAUCGUGCGGCAACAGCGGGAUACGGAGGGAGGACUAGUUGGUGACGUGGAGAGGGAGAUGUGUAGAAAAGACGGCGUGACCAAGGGAUCCCGGCCGGCUGAUAGUAUCUGGUUUGGGCAUUUUUAGUUGUUUCGGUUCGGCGACUCUUUUCGGAGAUAGGAAUUUCUUCCUUGGAUUCUUGUGCUCGAUCAUUGAAUCUUGCCGGUGUGACUGUGCGGCGGCGCCACGGGCAAAAGCUUGAUAGUUAAGCACAUAGACGACAUGACGGACUGCCCAGUUCACCGAACUCACUUGGCAUCGGCAGAAAGAGAUCAAAGGGCACGAAGAUGAUUUCUCAUAAGGAUUCAGGCACACCUUUGUUGCCAGAAGAGCGUUCAUGUGAGCGACAAACUUGACAUGAAUACGGGUAAUAGUCCGGAGCCGAGCACGAGCAAGGCUUACUGAAGUCACAUC